AUGUACAACCUACGACCUGCCAGAUCGAUGUUACCAGAAAUAACCGCUUCGAUCAGUGUUUCUGCUCAGCAACAGAUAACAAAGCAACUGCCGGUCGCCGCUAGCUGCCCGACCAGAACCACGGAAUUACCAGUCAAAUCACCACCGGUAUCGACCGGCGACCACAGUUCCUUGAGCCGCCACCGCUCCAGUCUGCACCGCCGAUGGUUGGAACCCAGGUAUCACCAACCGACAUCCGAACUCGGAUGGAACACUUCCCGUCGUCAGCAUCGACAACUGCUGCACCGGUUAACCUCCAGUCAAGGCUUUUUGGCGAGAUGCAUCCCACCACAAGCUUCCGCGUUUUCUCCUUUCUUUGGAAUUCCCUGUGACGAGUAA